ACAAAAUUCGCUUGUUCUUGACAGCGGUCGCGUUCCUAAUCGUUAUACCCUUUAGGGCUUGUUGCGUUCGAAACUCGCAGUGCGUCGCGACAGAGAUGGGGGGAGGCCAUGGUGAGGGCACAACCUACAAAGGUAUGACAGUGCAUGCUCCGAAGCGUUGGCAUACCGUCACUGGCAAGGGGCUUUGCGCUGUUAUGUGGUUCUGGGUAUUGUACAGGGCAAAGCAAGAUGGCCCUGUAGUAUUGGGCUGGAGACAUCCUUGGGAGGGUCAUGAUGAUCAUGGCCAUGGACAUUAAAAUUAGGUACCUUCACUUGAUUUAUAUGAUCUCACUUCUCAGCAAAUUUAGAACGAGCCAUUAGUUGUCAACCACUGCUUUGCAUAGCUUCUAUUGAAUAAACUGGGGACGUUAUCAUGACAAAAGGUUGUCUUAACUUAGUUAGGGAUAAGGUCUAUUUUUGUCCCGGAAGUGUUCACGGAGUAACAUUGCUCCCACUUCCGGAUACUCAGAUCCUCCGUGAAAACUUCCAGGGCAAAUGGACCUUAUCCCAUUUAGUUAUGUGGCUCUUAAGCAUAUGUCA